AUGUGCAGCGAAGCUAGUGGUGACGUUAUGCGACAUUGGAUGACAACAUUAUGGGUAUUAACAUUAGGUGGUGUGUUGAUGUGUGGAACAGUAAUGAUGCAUAUGGCAAAGAGCAUGCCGAGUUUGCUUGUGGUGACAGUUGCAACGGAGGAGACAGAUGGCUUGAAACGAUUAAAACGCACGGCUGAUGCUAAUGACAUCAGACUAAAAAUAUUUGGCAUGGGCGAGAAAUGGCAAGGCGGUAAUACUCGCAUCGAACAGGGUGGCGGACAGAAAAUACGCAUUUUACGAAAAUCUUUGGAAGAAUACAAAGAUAGGAAUGAUUUAAUAAUACUGUUUGUUGAUGCCUACGAUGUGAUAUUUUGGGGCAAUGAAGAACAAAUUUUGCGGAAAUUCUUCACCUUUUUUGAUGGAUUUCGUGUUGUAUUUUCAUCGGAACCAUUUUGUUGGCCUAACAAGAAUUUAGCUCCAAAAUAUCCACUUGUUAACUUCGGCUGCAGGUAUUUGAAUUCUGGAGUUUUCAUGGGCUUUGCCCCUGAGAUUUGGAGCUUAAUAAACUACAAAGACGUGGAAGAUAAUGAUGACGAUCAGUUAUAUUACACACAUCUUUAUUUAGAUGAAAAAAUACGAGUAAGUUUGUCAUCGUAA